GCACGGAGGAUUACGAAGAGCUGAAGAUUUUCAUCUAUGAUCCUUGGGCCAUCGAUGGCACAGUUGAGGACCUCCCAUCUCGUUUCCACGUGGACGUCCAUGCGGCCGUUCAGCGCAGCGCCGCGGACGUGGGGAGCAGCUGUGAUUGGAUGCUGUCCGCGUGUACCGAGAGCAGCAACCAUCCCUUCACGAUAAGACGUCAAUUGGGGCAAGAAGUCAUCAUUCUGAGGAAGUUCUUGGCAAAUCCGUUGCCAGCCAGCGACCCAAAGGAUGCAGACAUUUUUGUGGUUCCGGCACUGAUUGGCUCUGCAUGUAUGGGAGGUCUCUAUGACACCCACUGCACCACGCCGCUGGAAGAGUUUGGCGAUGAUCUCUUUGAGCUGCUACCCUUUUACAACGCAGAAACGCGGCAUCGACACCUCUUCCUGGGCUCCAUUGACAAACGAAAUUUGCCGCUUGACAUCCAAGCGCAGAGUUUGCUGCUCUCGUGUGGGGCUUCCUGGGGCGAUCGCCCUGGACAUUUGGUGGUCCCACCGAGCGUCACCGAUGUCGAGCUGCAAGUAGCAAGUGGGCCAAGCACAGGAGAACGAGAGAUCUUGUUCUUCAUGACGAUGGUUCCCAACAAUCCCAUCCGCCAUGAGAUCUAUCGACAGCUGGAAGGGUUGCGGGGUAGCAAGGUGGUCCUGCAGGAAUUGGACAGAUCCCUGGACGUCUGGGAAAAGAUCAAGGAAAGACGGUUUGAUGUCGUCACAAUGGAUCAUCACGCAGAAUCUUUGACUUCAACUUGCGUGGUGAUGGGUGCCGCAGACCACAUUGAUUGCUUCAGCCGACUGGUCGUGUCCGGUGAGGAAAGCAGGAUGCGGUCCUCGAUUUUCUGCCUUUGUCCACCCGCGGAGAACACCGCGGCGGGCACGAAGCGCUUGUUUGAUGCCAUUUUGUCCGGCUGCAUCCCUGUCGUGAUCAGCUUCCCCACCCUUUGGGGCAGCGGGAUCAGUUGGUGGCGCACAGAUGGGGCGCCCAUUGAAUGGUCCCUGCCCUUCCCAUCCGACGUCCAGUGGCGGCGCUUGGUGGUGGAAGUGAGCGAAGCAGAGCUGCUGAAAGGAAGCUACGGCUUGCUGUUUGCGGCCUUUCGAAGCGAUGUGGAGGAAAAGCAGCGAUACAUCGCGGAAGUCAGGGACCUCCUUGUCUACGACCUUGCAGGCGGACGCCAGGAUGCUUUCAGCGUGGUCAUGGAUUCGCUCCGGCGGAUCUUGCCACGCCUGUACCGUGCGGUGGUGCCGCUGUCCAGGCCUUUGGUGUGCGAAAGAAUACCUUUGCUGCAGGACCUCAGCGAAGCGGGAGCCAAAGGAUGGUCGUCCUCCUAUGGCGAGUUCGCUUGUGAUCCCAUGGCGUUUUGGCAUCGCUGCAGCGACUUCUGGAGCUCGGAGAGGAAACACGUGGAGCCUCUGAAGCUCUCCGGUUUCUUGCGGAGUUUUCAGCUGCGAACACCAGAAGGCAGCGAUGCGCCUUUUUUGGGGCCACGGCACGGGCGAGGUCGACAGGCGCUUUUCUACAACUUCUCUCAAGAUUUUGUGAAGAACGGCUUCGAACACCGCAGCUUAUUCACUGGAGAAAGGCCUUUUCUCGUCUGCAGCAAUCCGCGCUUUCCAUCGGCUCUGCACAUGCUCGACGCAACGGAGCAGCGACGGCAGGUGAGCUACGUGGAUGCCAGCGAAUGCCGCAUCCCGCCGCCGUUGCCCCCUGUGCUACGCCAUGGGCCCGUCAGGGCCUUGUGGCAGCUGGUCUUCGCAGUGUGUAACACCAUGGCGUGGGAAAAUACCCAAGAUGUGGCACGUAUCGUUGAGGACCAUUGGGUGCUUCCCAUGUCUCAUGACUUUCAACUGGUGGCCUAUGACGCUUGCCAGGAUGCGGUGGAGAACGUGGGCUCAACGCUGGUGGAGCAUGUUUUGGCGUUGAAGAUGCAACAGGAACAAGGUCUUGAGAUCCCAGAGGUGGUGGUGUUCUUUGCUGGAAUGGUACCGCAGGAAGUAGAUCUUCACUUUCAGAUCAUCGACCGUCUACAAGAGUACUUCGACGCGUUGGGUGGUGACCCGUGGCUGGUGUCCUUCGAUGGCCAUCGUGCGCCCGGACUCUUGUGUGAUGGCUUCCUGACCACCUUCCGUUCCAAAUGUCCCGCCCAAGAGCUGCAGCCUUUGAGCCGUUCAUCGCCUCACGUCCUGGCUUUCAACACGACCAUCCUCAACAGAGUACCUGAAGUGCAUCUGCAAGUCAUUGCAGCGGAAUCUCAUAGUUUCCAUGUGCAAAUCGACUUUUUGACCGUCCUGAGUUUCAAGGCGAUACGGAGCCUGUGGCGUGCAGGCCGUGCCAAAGUGAUUGCAGAUAGCAGCUUGACGAGUCGGCGAGACGAGUCGGAAUGUUCCCGCUCUUAUCAGCAAGCGUAUGACAACUACCUUGACAGGAGCGGCUUUCAUUUGUCCUAUGGAAAUCAGGCACUUCGGGCGCAAGCUUUGGGAUGUUUGGAUUGGAAUGGCAGCUACAGCCUGGUGGACACAGGUUUGCCGGCGGCCUUUGAUGAGGACAGCAGCUGGGCCAAGCCCAGUGGCAUCGAUGCGGUGAAAAUGGACUUCCUAAAGACUGCAUGGGGAGCCAAUGUCCACAACCAUCCACCAGUGCCGGAGUUCGGAAGCAGCGCGUCCGUGGAGGAGAUCGGAGUCUUCAGUCUUUGCCAUCCACCACUCUGCAAAGCUCAUGUGACUUGGACGUUGGAGCUUGAUACAGGCUGCAAGUUGCAGAUCGGUUAA